UUUCCUUUUUUUUGUUUUGUUCCAUGAAUCAUGGCAAAUGUUUCUUCUACAUUAUAGGUUCAUCAUAACACAGGUUUCACUUGCUCCAUUAUGUUUAAAUUUUUUGUGCUUGUUGUAACUCGAGGUUGAGGGGUUCAACUUAUAGUGAGAGUCUAGAAGCUUCGCUUCCAUUACCUUAACUUUUGAUGAAGUGGGUUCGCUUCAUUUUUUUGUUUGUUUGUUUGGUUUAGUACCUUUUGACCACUUUGUUUGCAAUCGUUGGUCGUUGUUUCCUAUGAGUCAGUUAAUUUAGACUUUGGUAAUAUGAAAAAUAAAAAAAAAAAUAUAAAAAUAAAAGUACAGAUCUGUAGCAGUGAUCAGCGAUCACUUCCUUUAAUUUUUUUUUUCCCGUGUCUUUUGUUUGGUACAAAUACAAGGUUUUCUACUUUAGCAUACUAGCUGGCUGUGCUGUGGUUCAUGUUCUCAAAAGGAAAAAAAAAAAUGAUUGUUUCUAACGGAGAAGAGCAGAUUCUGUUGCCUUCAGAAAAUGCAAGUGAGGCUUCAAAGUCACCCUCAUUGGAUUUGAACCCAGAUUCCGUUGAUGGGUCCCCACCGGUUUUCACAGUUUACACUGACGUGGGUGUUGUGCCGGAGCACGAAAAGGACGAGCUUCAGCACUUGAUAUCCAAUUCAGAAAGAGAAGUUGAGCAGCUGAGGCUUAAGCAGAGGAUUUUGGAUGAAAAGCGGAGAGAAGCAUUGAGUAAGAUAUUGGACAUCAAAGGGAGUAUUCGAGUAUUUUGUAGAAUUCGACCGAUUCUGUUGGUGGAGAAGAGAAGAAUUUCUGAACCUGUUUCAGCUGGAUCAGAGAGAAUUCGGGUUAAGUUGGGAGGAACAAGGAAAGAUUUUGAGUUUGAUAAGGUUUUUCCUCAAGAAGCAAGCCAAGAAAGUGUUUUUGUUGAGGUUGAGCCAAUUCUAAGAUCUGCAAUGGAUGGGCACAAUGUGUGUGUUUUUGCUUAUGGUCAAACAGGCACAGGCAAGACGUUCACCAUGGAUGGUACAAACGAGCAACUUGGAAUUAUUCCCCGUGCUCUUGAAGAGCUUUUUCAUCAAGCCUCUAUGGAUAAUUCAUCUUCUUUUACCUUUUCGAUGAGCAUGUUGGAAGUUUACAUGGGCAAUCUCAGGGAUCUGCUAGCUCAAAGACCGUCUGGGAGAGCAUGUGAACCUAUGACUAAGUGCAAUCUCAACAUCCAAACAGAUCCAAAGGGUUUGAUUGAAAUUGAGGGUCUCUCAGAAGUGCAAAUUUCUGAUUAUGCUAAAGCCAAAUGGUGGUACAACAAGGGCAGAAGGUUCAGAUCCACCUCGUUGACUAAUGUCAACGAGGCUUCAAGCAGAUCACACUGCUUGACGAGGAUAAGCAUAUCGCGACGUGGGGAUGCAUUGGAUUCCAAAAGCGAAAUAAGCAAAUUGUGGAUGGUUGAUCUUGGAGGCAGUGAACGGUUGCUAAAAACUGGAGCUAAAGGACUAACACUUGAUGAGGGUCGAGCCAUUAAUCUUUCUCUCUCAGCUUUAGCUGAUGUCAUUGCAGCUUUGAAGCGGAAGAGGUGUCAUGUGCCUUACAGAAAUAGCAAGCUGACUCAAAUACUGAAAGAUUCUCUCGGUGAUGGCUCAAAGGUCUUAAUGCUCGUCCAUAUAAGCCCUUCCGAAGAAGAUGUUUGUGAGACAAUUUGUUCUUUGAACUUUGCAAAGAGGGCGAGAGCAAUAGAGUCAAAUAAAGAAUUACCAAUGGAGUUGAAGAAGCAAAGGGAGAAGAAGAUUAUGGAGCUUGAAGAAGACAUUAAAGAAGCUAAAAAACAAAGUCAGAAUUUAAAGGAUCAAAUUCAGAAGGUUGAGUUAAAGUUAAGUGAGAAUAAAAAGCUCUUCUCUACCACAUAUAUUCCUCUGGAAAGUGAUGACAUGACAAACUCUAUUAGUCCCAAAGAUGAUGUCAAAGAGGUAAUUGAAACCCCUAAAGCAUCUUCGAAGCCUGUUAGAAGAAAUUCCUCCAAUUCAGUGCCUCGAUUCAUGAAUCCAACUGUUGCUAGUCGCCAAAGGCAAAGUAUUGCAGAACGAGAAAUUGUUGGGAGAUCAAAAAGUUUAAGAUCAGUGGUCACUAGAAAUUCAAUCCAGUUUUCAUGUUCCCAAUCAUUAAGUUAUUCAGAUCUCCGCGUUAAAGCAAUGCUGCGAAGUUCACAUGGAAAAUCUCGGCAUGCUGAGACAAAUACUGUUCUCACAGAAAGGCCUAAAUGCAAUGAAUUGGAAUCAAAAGUCAUAACUCCUCGGAGCAAGAUGGUUACAUCAUCAGAUCCAAUCUUGAGAGUUACAUUGUGUCGUCAUAGAAGAAGGAUGUCUGAUCUGAUCUAAGGGUAAAAAAAAAAAAAACAUCUUAGUUGUAGAUUUUUUAAUGAUGUGAAGUGGUUGCAUGUUUAAUUCCUUUCAGUUUAUAUUUUGUCUAUAACAAAUUGUAACGAGUGGUAUGUUAAUAGGUGUGUUGUCUUGGGCUGUUGGUGGUGGUUGGGAUCUGUUAAUUGUUUAACAUGAGCGUUCUUUGUUUUUGAGCUUGUUGGGUCCUAUUAGUCAU